UGGCUAUAAAAUUAGCCGUAUAAUGUCCAAGCCAACACAAUAAUACUUCCUUUUUUCAUAGCAGCUUCAAGGUUACUUACCUGUAGACAUUCCGCCACGCCACUAUUUCCACACUGCCAACCAUGCAUUCGCCUGCCCAGCACGUUCCAGUUCUCGCCCUGAACAGGAUUGUCGACUACACCGUUGGAGUUCUGCCAAAGAGAGAGUACGAGCGAUGCAGCUGCGAUUGCAGCCUGUUUAAGAGCAUCGCGGCCAUGCUUGCCCUGUGCCGUCAUUGGCGAGAAGCUGCAUUGGAUAGGGUGUACCAGGAGGUGUGGUGGUGCAUUGUGGAUGGCUGUGAUGUGUGCUGCAAGAACCGCUGCUGCAACCGGUGUUUGCCAUGGAGCCUGCUCAACGCAGUAGAGACUGGAAACCACUCGCGAGUGAAAACAGUAAAUAUGCACUGGGACAACUCGAUGGUGCUGGAUGGCUCCGCCAGCGAGAUCUUCCACGCCUUCCCAUUUACCGACCUGGUUCUGCCAAGCGUCAGUGCUCUAGAGUUUGAAUUCGAACAUCCCGGAUACAUGGAGGAGCACAGCCUGCUUAGCGAUACACACUUUGCCGAGGCAUUCUGCAGCCAAAUCCACCGAGUAUUCCCCAACGCAAAGAGCAGCACGAUCUCUGACUUUGUGCUUUUUCAGAACCAUCUGGAAAUGCCGUUCGUGUGCAAUCUCUUGACAGGCUUGUUUGCGCAUGCCACAUCGGUCUCAGCGACCCCACUACCGGAGAACAUGGGCAAUUACUUUGCCAGGAACACGAUGCAGAUGCGCUGUCUGGAAUUCGGCAGUCUUCGUUUGGAUUCGCCAGCCAUCGAGAUCAUUAGGCGGAACUGCAUCUCGCUUGAGCGUCUCCAGAUCAGCAGUAAGCGGCACGAGCUGUUUACAAAAAUUGUUUGCGCUGAUGAUGGCACAUCGAUCGAGUACCCGCGCAUGAUCUCUCUGGAAACUGCAUUUUAUCCACCGCAGUGGCAUCGCAAUGGAGCUAUCCAGCUCGAUUCUCCAGCAGGCAUUCCAUUCCCGAAAUCUCCGGAAGCUGGUGUGCGAGGGUGGGUAUCCGUUUUCAAACGAUAUUCUUUUCAGCGGCAACAGCGCAUUCCUCGAGUACCUCAGCAUUAACAUGACCGGUCAGUUGUUUUCAGAUCUGAAGAGGCAUUCCGUAUUCAGUGCUGGGCGAUUUGCAUCACUGGGCUACAUCAGCACAUUGACGCACAACUACAACGGGACGGAUGCCACCAACCAGGAGCAGAUCAGGGGAGCAUUCGCUUUGGGUGCCAAUGCAACUAGUGUGAAACAUACAAAUGGCCAGCCUUGCAUCUUUAGCGAGCUGGGUGUUUCAGUCGGCGAGAUUGGGCCGAAUAUCAUUUAUUUGAAU